AUUAAAGGUAUAAUUGAUCCAACUGAAGGAGAAGAUUCUAUUGUUGCCAGCAAAGAUGAAGAUAGAAUUAGCGCGCUACCCAAUGACAUUCUUCUCCAAAUCCUAGAACGCCUUGAUCUUCGCACGGUGAUUCGAGCUGGCACUAUCGCAACACGAUGGAGGCACCUUCCUCAUCAACUCUCUCAUCUGCUCAUCACUGUCUCGGACGUCCGUAAGGCCGGUUACACAAUGAAGGCAUACACGGACGCAACGAGGAGACUGCUGUCUCCUCCGACUUGCAAGUGCACUCGAACCAUCAAAAGAUUGCAGCUCAGCUUCUACAUUAUGGACCCUUACUUGUCCACAAUUGGCAAUACGGUUUGGGAUGUCGUGAAGAGCGGCGAACCUGAAUGGCUUGAGUUCGCAAUGUGCCCAGAUAUUGCUUCUCCAAGUGAUGCCCAGUUAGCCUUGUAUGGACAGCGGUUUAUGUCAUUCUUUGGUGCAUACCCUGGUGCCUUCAAAUUGCUCACUAGACUAAUCCUUCAGAACCUUGCGUUUCAAGACUCAGAUGUCACCAAUCUUCUUAACACUUGCAGUAGACUUAAGAUGCUUUCCUUGAGAUCCUGUGAAAUGCCCCAGGAAUCUGUCCUUAAAUUACAUGCCCCAAGCUCGGAGCUCAGCUCACUUGAACUUAAAUGCUUUGGAUGCAUACACGUUGAGCUAAUCUGUCUUCCUAAACUGAGGGAACUGGUAUACGAUGUUUGGUUUUGUGAAAACCCCCCAGUGUCUUUUGGCUAUGUUCCCCAGCUUGAUCACGUCUGCUUUGCUUGUCCUGCCCAGCCUUGGCAGAAGCCAUUCGUGCUGAGCCAAUGUUUAUCUAGUGACAUAAACCUGUCGAAUCUGCUUUUGAAUUUUUACACUCAAAUGAUAUGGGUUGAACCUGAAGGUCCACAACAGCUCACCCCUAUAUUCAGCAAACUGAGAGAUGUGCACCUUUGCGGUAUAUUUACUGAAUGUGAUUUGGAUUGGACUAUGUUUAUACUUGAAGGUGCACCUUCACUGGAGAAUUUUCAUGUAAGCCUGUCAUUCGGUUCUUUCAAUCCACACUUUGACCAUAUAAUGACAUGUUUACAUUUCCCAUAUAUGCAGCAUUAACAUAUAGGGUACCAGCAUGCAUGUGUAAUAUACUAAUAUUAAACCACUUAAGUACUAUAUAUAUUCUAUCAAAUGUAGUACAUACAGGGCUCUCUAGGAUAUAUCAACAGGGAGAACCCGUGAAUUGUAUAUAGGGAUGAUGGUGUAAUCCUGGAAUACAUGGCAGAUAAGUUGUUCUUCAAGGUUGUUUGUGUGCUUCAUAAGAAAUGUGCGUAAAGGCAAUGGAUAUUUUCUACUCCCUCCGUAAAGAAAUAUAAGAGCGUUUAGAUCACUUCACUAAAGUAGUGAUCUAAAAUUCUAAAUGCUCUUGUAUUUCUUUAUAGAGGGACUAUUAUGUCUAACCUCAUGUUUA